AUGUCUCUUUUUCGUUUGCCCUCAGAAAUACUCAUACUACUUACGACAUUUCUGGAGGCAGAAAGAGAUAUCAACUCAUUUUCCAAAACCAACAGGAGAAUUUACACUCAUUCAAACGCAGUUCUCUAUCAAAGAAACUCAAUUUUUGCAUUGGAAUGGGCAUCCAAACAAGGCCGUGAGGAUACAGCUCGAAUAUCUGUUCGAACGGGAGCUGAAGUUGGAGCGAAAGACCGUAAUGGUCGAACGGCAUUAUCCUGGGCUGCACAAAACGGUCAUUUGGCAGUGGUGCAACUGUUACUUGACAUCCCCAAGACGGGUGUGAAUUCGAAAGAUUCUGACGGACGGACACCGUUAUCAUGGGCCGCACAGAACGGACACCUGGCGGUGAUUAAAUUGUUACUUGACACCGGCAAAGUAGAUGUGGACUCGCAGGACUGCGAAGGAUGGACAUCGCUGUUUUGGGCCGUUUUGGAUGGCCAGGUUGCAGUGGUAAAAAUGUUACUUGAAACUGGGAAGGCGGAUGUGAACACUCAGGACUCGGAGGGUCGGACACCGUUAUUCUGGGCCUCACAGAACGGUCGUGAAGAGGUGUUGAGAGUACUACUAGAGACUGACCAGAUUGACGUGAAUUCACAAGACUGUGAAGGGUGGACUCCGUUAUUUUGGGCCACUUUGGACAGUAAGGCUGUGGCGCUGAGACUGUUACUUGAGACCGGACAGGUGGAUGUGGAUUCGAAGGACUUAAAGGGUCGAACAUCAUUAUUUUGGGCCAUCGCGGAUGGCCAUGUGGCAAUGGUAAGAAUGUUACUUGAAACUGGAAAGGUGGAUGUGAACUCUAAGGACUCGGAGGAUCGGACGCCGUUAUUCUGGGCCUCACAAAGCGGCCGUGAAGAUGUGAUGAGAAUUUUACUAGAGACUGGGCAGGUGGACGUGGCCGUGGCCAGCCAUCAUGCUUGA